AUGGCUCCUCGAGACUCUCCUCCGAGUUCAACCUCGAAGCUCGAAGACCCCUACGACAGCAGAUCCUCCGAAGAGACCCUCUCCUCCGUCUCCACCACCAGCCUCGUCUUCGAGCGAAUCGAGCAGCGCCUCAACGAAAAGCUAGCCUACGAGGCCGCCUCCCGCCGACCCUACGACGACGACCCUCUCAGGGACGACCCGCAAGAUGACGAUCCCGACGGCGAUCUCGAGACGGCGCGAUUCCUCGCACCUGGAGCCCGUAUCCAGACCCGUGGGAUGGACAAACGGUGGUGUAGGGCCAUUGGCGCGCUUGCCGCUAUUCUGACGACGGCGUGGUUCGUGGCCCUGUUCGCCUUCCUCUCGGCGGGACGGUCCAAGGCCGCCGGUGCUGGGGUUAUCGAACCUGAUGGUGCCGCGAUUGGCCUUAAGCCGGCGACCGGUAACCCCGUCACGUUGGAGCAGGUGCUGGGAUACGAAUGGGCCCCUGCGAGCCACUCUAUUAGCUGGGUUCCCGGGCCCGACAACGAGGAUGGAUUACUGCUUCAGCAGGGCGCUGCUGGCAAGGACUACCUCGUCGUCGAGGACAUUCGUACCUUGAAGGGCGGCGACGAUUCUGUCAAGGAUUCUACCAAGGCCGAAGAUCCGUCUAUUGCCGCCAGCCGCACGCUCAUCAAGUCCUCUUCUCUAAAGUACGGCGACGACUUCAUCCACCCCGAAAAAGUCUGGCCGAGCCGCAACCUGAAAAAGGUCCUCAUCGCCACCAGGACCAAAAGCGUCUGGCGCCAUUCCUUCUCCGCCGUAUACUAUAUCCUCGACGUCGAGACCCAGGAGCUCGAACCCCUCGACCCCCUCGACGUCACCUCCGUCGUGCGCUUCGCCAUCUGGAGCCCCCAGAGCGACGCCAUCGCCUUCACCAAGGACAACAACUUGUACCUCCGGACCCUCGACGCGCGCGGCAGCAACAAGAAGGUCCGCCAGAUCACCCGCGAUGGAGGCCCCAACGUGUUUUACGGCAUCCCCGACUGGGUGUUCGAGGAGGAGAUCUUCGGUAGCAACCAGGGGACGUGGUGGUCCGACGACGGCAAGUUCAUCGCCGUUUUCCGCGCAAACGAGACGGAGGUGCCCGAGUAUCCUGUCGAUUUCUUCAUCGAGCCUCCUGUAGACCAGAAGAGCGAAGAUGAUAUGUUGUAUCCAAAGACGGAGUGGCUCAAGUAUCCCAAGGCCGGGGCGCCGAAUCCAGUCGUAGACGUGCAGUUCUAUGACGUCGACGCCUCUGAGGUGUUUACCGUCAAUGUGGACGGCGGGUUCGACGAGGCGGACAGGCUCGUUACGAACGUGCUCUGGGCCGGCGACAAGGUCAUCAUCAAGGAGACGAACAGGAUCAGCGACGUCCUCCGAGUCGUGCUCAUCGAUCCGAAAGCGCGCGCGGGCAAGACGGUGAGGACGGUGGACGUCAAGGAUAUCGACGGCGGUUGGUUCGAGAGAUCCGAGCCCAAGUAUAUCCCCGCUGAUCCCGCCAACGGCCGACCCGAGGCCGGAUACGUUGACACCGUUCUCGCCGGUUUCGGGGACCACCUCGCCUACUUUACUCCGCUGGAUAACCCGGAGCCCAAGAUCCUCACCUCGGGAGACUGGGAAGUUGUCAACGCGCCCUCUGCUAUCGAUCUUGCGAAUAACCUCGUCUACUUCGUCUCGACGAAGGAAUCCUCCAUCCAACGCCACGUCUACAGCGUCAAGCUCGACGGAACGGACCUCACGCCCGUGACGAACGUCACCGAGGAAGCAUACUACGGCGUCUCCUUCUCCAGCGGCGCCGGCUACGCACUCCUCAAUUACCAAGGCCCCUCCGUCCCCUGGCACAAGGUCGUCAGCACGCCCAGCAAUAACCCCGACGACCCGCCUUACGAACACGUCCUCGAGACGAACGAGAAGCUAAGGCGCAUGGUCAAGACGUACGACGUCCCCGCCCUGCGCUACGGAACUGUCGAAGUCGACGGCGUGCACCUCAACUACGUCGAGCGUCUGCCGCCCAAUUUCAACCCCGCACGAAAGUACCCCGUGCUCUUCUUCCAGUAUUCCGGCCCCGGGUCGCAACAGGUCAACAAGCGCUUCUCAGUGAACUACCAAUCCUUCGUCGCCUCUUCCCUGGGCUACGUCGUCGUCACGGUCGACGGCCGCGGGACGGGCUUCAUAGGCCGCAAGGCCCGCGUGCUCAUCCGCGGGAACCUCGGGCGGUGGGAAUCCCACGACCAGAUCGCCGCGGGGAAACAUUGGGCGGCCAAACCCUACAUCGACCCGUCCCGCCUCGCCAUCUGGGGCUGGUCCUUUGGCGGGUUCAACACCCUCAAGACCCUCGAAGUCGACGCGGGCGAGACCUUUUCUUACGGCGUGGCAGUCGCCCCCGUCACGGACUGGCGGCUCUACGACUCCAUCUAUACGGAGCGGUACAUGCGCACGCCCCAGGAGAACCCCGAGGGUUACGCAGCAACGGCCAUUUCCAACGCGUCGGCGCUUGCCGGUCCCACGGACGGUAGCGGCGGGAUCGUGAGGUUCAUGAUCAUGCACGGGACGGCGGACGAUAACGUCCAUGUGCAGAAUACACUCAAGUUGCUGGAUGAGUUGGAUUUGGCGGGGGCGAGGAAUUAUGAUGUGCACGUUUACCCGGAUAGCAAUCAUGGGAUUUAUUUCCACAAGGCGAAUUCGGCGUUAUAUCAUCGCCUAACGGACUGGCUCAUCAACGCCUUCAAUGGCGAGUGGGUUCGUCUUCGGAAUCCCAAGCCAAAGCAAGAGGCGAAGAAAAGGAAGAUAGAGAGAGACGAGGUGAAGAACUAG